ACUUCAUUUUCCCCCCAAGCCAUAGAGGUCUGUGUCCUGAGGAAGCUGUGAGCCAUGAGUGACAAAGAACAGCAUCUGAUGCCACUGGUUCCAGAACAGGCUGCCAUUCUGGGAAAGUGUGCAAGUGCAUUUUGCCAUGCUGUUAAUGUCAAAUUUAAUUGCACGGCUAUUCUCCGCAAUGUGGAAGAGGCUGGCUCCUUUGGUAGUAACACAAGUGGUGUCUUGCGUGCUGAGAAGAGAUACUCCACAAAGCUGUCCAGCGGAGUCGAAGUAUCAGUCUGGAAAGAUGAUCUUACAUGUCAUAAAGUGGAGGCUGUGGUCAAUGCAGCCAAUGAGAAGCUAAAACAUGGAGGUGGUCUUGCACAAGCACUGAGUGCAGCUGGAGGACCAAUGAUCCAAAAAUAUAGUGAUGCUAUUAUACAAAAAAAGGGAAAAGUGAAAGUUGGUGAGGCUGUGUGCACUUUUGCUGGAGAUCUCCCGUGUAAAUAUAUCAUACAUGCUGUUGGUCCCUGCGUGUCUCCAAACCCACCUCAGUGGGAGACUGAUAAAGCUGCACCACUCUUAUUUAAAGCUAUCAGCAGUAUCCUACGUAUCGUCUUAAAGGAAAACAUUUCCUCUGUUGCAAUUCCUGCUCUGAGUUCUGGCCUUUUCAAUUUUCCAAGAAAUCUCUGUGCAGACAUUAUUGUAAAGACUAUAAAACAGUUCCAUGAAUAUACAAGGUUUCGAAGCAACUUAGAAAUCCGUCUUGUCAAUAAUGAUGAACCCUCGGUCCAAGAAAUGGAGAGAGCAGUUAAGGCGAUUUGGGGGCAGUCCAGCAUCUCUGGCACAUACAGUGGAGCUGUUCAGGGCAGCAUGGCUUUCUCUUCAAACAGCAGGUUCCAAUUUAGGAAUGUUACACUGCAACUUAAAACAGGGGCUAUUGAAGAAGAAAAGGUUGAUGUAAUUGUGAAUACAAUUUCAGCAGAAUGUAAUUUGUCCAUGGGGCUGAUUUCAAAAGCAAUUUUGAACAAAGCUGGCAGCAAGAUUCAAGACGAGAUUUCCAGAAGAAAACACAGUAAUUCCACAAAUGUCCAUGUGACAAAAGGACAUAAUCUGAAUUGUGAAGCAGUUUAUCAUACUGUUUGCAUAGUUAGGUCUGAGCCUAUGGCCACACAGAUUCUUUAUGAUGUGGUCUCAGAAUGUCUGAGGAAAGCUUCAAUGGGAUACAAGUCCAUCUCCUUCCCAGCUAUUGGUACUGGUAAUCUGGGCUUUAAGAAAUGUGAGGUUGCCAGAAUCAUGACAGAUGCUGUGGCAUAUUUUGCCAAAAAUAACACGAAAAAACUGGAUGUGAACUUUGUUGUGUAUCCAAAGGACAAUCAAAUGAUGGAGGCUUUUGAAAAAGAGAUGAAAAUGAGGAAAAUAGCAGCAAAGUCCCCAGUAGUACACAAUGACAUGGAAACAAGCUUUGCAUUUGCAACCAAUGAAACCGCAGCACAUAAAAUGCCAUCUGUUGAGUUCAACAGUGUUUCCAGGGAAGCUCUGAGAGAAGCAAAAGAGUGGACAACUAAUAUGCUAAAACCAUCAGAUAUCAUGACAAUAAAGAAUAAUCAUGUCAUAUAUCUUGGACAAGAUGACCAUGCAUAUCUUCUCUCUCUCCAAACAAUGUUGAAUGUUCGCAUUGAGGAGUUCUUCAGGAAGGGUAAAGGUGGCAUAACCAUCACUGGAAACCCUUCAAAUGUCAGUUGUGCAGCAAUUGAGGUGGAGUCCAUGCUUUGUAGGGCCCAGGAGGAGUUCGCCCGAGCUGAAGAACGUGACAUGCUGUAUUCUGUUGUUCGAUGGAGCUGUAAAGAUGUACCUUGGAUACAAACACCUGAAAUCAGUGCAGUUUUGGAAAAAGCUUAUUUAGCAGGGAAUAAAAACCACGAGUUUAAUACCCACAAAGUCAACUUGAUGACCAAGAAUUUGAUUGAUGACUAUGGGAAAAAAGCAAUUUGGAAAGGACAUGUAUGUCUGCUGGGUCGUUUUGAGUCCCUUAACAAUUCAUUUUAUUCAAGAACACCUGAGACCAGGAUUGAUUAUGUUGGAAAAGAUCUGCGGAAAGCCUUUGAUGUUGUAAAGAUGGAGAAGCUAGAGAACAUCGUGCUGAAGCAGCUGUUUGAAAAGAAUGAGCAGAGAUUGAAAGACAAACCAAAGCGCCUCUACCAGCGUGUGUCCGCUCAGUUCUGUGAUCUCAUCUGCAGAGUAGGCUUUCAGAAAGAGUUUGCCCCUCCUGCAGAGGAAAGGUAUGGCAGUGGAAUAUACUUCAGCAGUACUGUGGAAGAAGCAUUGAAGCUGUGGAAGGAUCAGGAACAUGAGCAGUACAUCUACAUCAUUCAGGCCCAGGUCCUCACUGGGAAAUCCACUAUUGGUUCUCCACAUUUGAUUUUGCCCCCUCCCUUACGUGGAGACCCUUUGGAUCGUUAUGAUAGCUUGUCUGACAUGAUGCAGACACAUGUCAUCUUCAAUGGCCAGCAAGCUCUUCCUGAAUACCUGAUCAUAUAUACCAGAUCAAGCCAUGUGUAGAUGCACAGAGCAAUAUGCAACCGCAGAGCACAUAAAAAUAAUUAGGGCAAAUUUAUGGCUGGAUAUGUAGAUUUCAAAACACUAAUUUUUUUAAAAACUUCUAAAAAAGGCACAGACCGUGUUAUGUCCAAUGACAUAUUCACUUUUGUGUCAUCUGCAUUGUGUAUUGUGGUAUGAUUUCUUUUUGUGGUUGUUACUCUCUCUGUCUCUGCUUCUCCCCUGGCUCCUCCCACUCUUUCCAGUAUGGCAGGUAGCUGAUUGCCUUUUUCAGCUGCACCUGGUUACCAACUGAGAGAGUAGCAGUAUAAAAGCUGAGCAGAACCCUCAGAAGAUGAGAACUUCUCUCCAGAGUAUGUCCUGUGUCCAGUCUUGCCCAGCUCAGUUUGUAGAACCUGUUUGUGGUUCUGUAUGGUUGUUUAUCUUCAUUAAUUGAAAGAAUGGUUGACUCACUGUCUGUUGCUGUUAGAAGCUCUAGCUAAACUUUUUUCUUUGUGAUGAGCAAGAUACUGCAAGUUGCUCAGCCUACAGCUUUGUUGUCUUACAGUUAAUUGGUCUCUUACUAACUGCUUAAACAAUUACUCUCUUGAUUGAAUGUUUGUUUCCCUAUUGAAAGCUAGGUAGGGAGGUGGGCGCCUAUUCUUUUUGAACUGAAACUGUUUUCUCUUGGUUUGAGGAUUAGAUAGAGAGUGAGUGUAUAAUUUUGUUGUUGAUUUUUCUUUGAUAGUUUUAGAAAGAAUGUAACCCUCCAAAAAAGAAAUGCAUAAAAACAAUUUUGGCAUUGUUCCCCCCUCCUUAAGUUUUUUGCUUUCCUCUCAAUUUACACUCUUUUUGUCUGAAAAUCAUGCGCACUCCAAGCUGUUAUAAAACCUGUUAAAGGGAUCUUGUUGUAACUGUUGUUGUUGUUGUUGUUAUGCUGUGGCAGGGGCUCAGGCAGAUGCUUUUCUUAAACUCUUAAUAUUGUUAUCCUCUCUUCAAACCCCACUUGUAAGACGUAACAGACAGUAAAUAAUGUGCAAAAAUAAAGAAUUAAAAUCUUUGUAA